UCGGGGGUGGCGGGGCGGGACACGUGGAUCAGCUGUUGGCCGCCCCCCACGACCCACACUCGUCCCUCACUGUGUCUCUCUGCGGGCACGUCAGUUGCUGCGGGACGCCCCUCACAACGCCACGAUGACUCUCACCAGCUACACGAAGGCCACCAAGCCGUUUGAGGGCCAGAAGCCAGGGACCAGCGGGCUGAGGAAGGCUGUCAAGGUGUUUGAGAAGGAACAUUACACUGAGAACUUUGUGCAAUGCAUCCUGAGCGCCAUGAGCGGGAGCCUGACCGGCAGCACACUGGUGGUUGGCGGGGACGGCCGCUACUUUGGCAAGAAGGCCGUCGACAUCAUCAUCAAGAUGUGUGCAGCCAAUGGGGUGCGCAAGCUGCUGGUGGGUCAGGAUGGCAUCCUUUCAACCCCGUGUGUGUCAUGCAUCAUCCGCAAACACAAAACAGAUGGGGGCAUUGUCCUCACUGCCAGCCACAACCCUGGAGGACCUGAUGCUGACUUUGGCAUCAAGUUCAACAUUUCUAAUGGAGGUCCAGCUCCUGAUGCUGUCACCAACAAGAUCUAUGAGAUCAGUAAGAACAUUGUGGAAUACAAGAUUUGUCCUGAGCUCAACUGUGACAUCACCAAAAUAGGAACAUAUGAAUUUUCUGUUGAAAAUCGACCAUACACCGUGGAAGUUAUUGACUCUGUUCAGGAAUAUGUUGAUUACAUGAAGGAAAUCUUUGACUUUGCUGCAAUUAGGAACCUUCUUCAUGGAGCUAAUGGCCCACCACUGAAAAUCCUCAUCAAUGCCAUGCAUGGAGUGACGGGUCCUUACGUCCGGCGCAUCUUCCUGGAGGAGCUUGGGGCCAGUCCAGACUCUGCUGUAAACAUUGUUCCACUGGAGGACUUUGGAGGUCACCACCCUGACCCCAACUUGACCUAUGCUGCUGAUUUAGUGAAGGCCAUGAAGGAGGGAGACUUUGGGUUUGGCGCUGCUUUUGAUGGUGAUGGGGACCGAAACAUGAUCCUGGGUCAUAAGGCAUUUUUCGUCACCCCCUCUGACUCUGUGGCAGUAAUUGCCGACAACACCGACACUAUUCCUUAUUUCAAGAAACACGGAGUGAAGGGUCUUGCCCGCAGUAUGCCCACCGGCUGUGCCAUUGACAGAGUGGCACAGAAAAAGGGAGUUGAAGUUUUUGAGGUUCCAACCGGCUGGAAGUACUUUGGUAACUUGAUGGAUGCUGGACGGCUGUCCAUCUGUGGUGAGGAGAGCUUUGGAACAGGAAGCGAUCAUAUCCGAGAGAAGGAUGGAAUCUGGGCUGUGCUGGCAUGGCUGUCCAUCCUCGCUGGUCGCAACAUGUCCGUGGAGCAGGUCUUGAUGAACCACUGGAACACUUACGGCAGGAACUUCUUCACCAGGUAUGAUUAUGAGAAUUGUGAAAGUGCCCCUUGCAACAAGAUGAUGGCUACCCUGGAUGCCAUGAGUGACGAUCCAUCUCUAGUGGGGAAGGAACUCUCACACGGGGGCAAGACCUACAAUAUUGAUAAAAUAGACAACUUCUCCUAUACAGACCCCAUCGAUGGGUCAGUGGCCAAGAAACAGGGUGUACGUGUGCUCAUGACGGAUGGCUCUCGUGUUGUGUUCCGGCUAAGUGGCACGGGCAGUUCUGGAGCGACUGUCCGUAUGUACAUUGAGAGCUAUGAGUCUGACCCUUCAACCUAUACUAAGGAUGCACAGGAUGUUCUGAAGCCUUUGGUGGAAAUUGCUCUAAGUUUGGCAAAACUUAAGGAGUAUACAGGUCGUCAGGAACCAACAGUCAUUACCUAGGUUAGCAGUGUUCGUCUUGCAGCCAGAGUCCAUCUUAAGGCUGGGCUACUGGCAUCUCAACAUUUAUAUAUGCAUAUAAAAUGGAGACCUAAGUUUUAAACCUCAUCAGAUGCUUUGUUUCUGUUCAUGUUUAAUAAGUAAAGUGAUUGUUUGAGUUAAAUUUUGCACAGAAAUGUAACGGCCAAUAUUUUACUUUAAAAAAUGAUAUACCAGGGUCUCGUUAUAUGUGUGCGGUUACUUGGUAAUUACAAUUGUACAUUAUUUUAAUGUCUCCUUACUGUUUAAAAACUCCCAUGGUGGACACACUCCACUCUCGAGCAUUUCAAGGUUAUAUGCUGUCCUCUUGCUUUUUAUUCAAAGGGUUGGCACUUUACUGAGAGCAAACAGCAAAAAAAAUUGAGUAGUGUACUUAGUACACACUCCUGGUUGUGACAUGUAAACAUAAUUGCUGUUUGAAUCAUCAUUCUGUAACACUAACAGAGCAUCAUCACAACAGAUAAAUGUGGCAUACAUUGCUCAAGUAUAAAAUUUUGCAGCAAAAAUUUAUGGUAGAAAUACAUUUCAUGUAACUGCAGAUUGACUGCAAAGUAUAACAAAGUAUAAAUAUAAGGAGACCCUGGUGCAUAUAAAUAAUUAGCUUGCUCAGUUUAAAAUCAUUGGUCUUUAUUUUUUCAUGGACCUUUUCAAUUUCAUGAUGUGUUGAAUGCCUUUUUGAGUGUUGAAAGAAAAAUCAAAUAUAUCCUAAGAUACAAAUUACAAUCCAUUAGCUAUUUCAAGUAUCAGUAGAGUCAAAACAUGAAGGAAAACUACUGAUCAGGCUGAUCUUAUGGUUUGUACAUGAAAAUACAAAGUGUAAAGUGCAAUAAAAACUAAGUUUUCUAA